GAGACGAAUGUAUGGAGCCAUGUGAAACAGAUUUCAAAUUGUUUCUCUUCGUCUCGCGUUAGGGAAUUGCCGGCAAAGUGUGUUUGCUCCUAUAUUCAAAUAAGACAUCAGCUGUAAAUAUUAUCAGUCGGAUUAUAUCAUUUUUUCGUGUAAUGUCAUUUCCAAUUGAGCUGUCGACGAGAACUUUGUUGGAGUAACAUACAGAGAUGCUGCGUUUAGCCAAUUCAGUAUUGCGUGCGGGAUCAAACCCAAUUCAAUGGCAUCAAUGUAUGAAAAUUUCAUCGUCGAAGGUAGCUUAUUUUGCUGCUGCCGCUCCACAGCCGCAAACUAAUCCGGACAUUCUAUACACUGGCCUGUUCAUCAAUAACGAAUGGUAUAAGAGCAAAUCCAGCGAAAUAUUCCCAACUGUGAAUCCAGCAACUGGGCAAACUAUUGCGCAAAUUCAAGCAGCUGGCAAAGAAGAUGUAAAUAUUGCAGUUGCUGCCGCUCGUCAAGCAUUUAAAUUGGGUUCACCAUGGCGCCGCAUGGACGCAUCUGAGCGCGGUAAUCUUCUGUAUAAGUUGGCUGAUUUGAUGGAACGUGAUAGAACAUAUCUUGCGAGCCUUGAGACUUUUGACAAUGGCAAGCCAUUUUCUGCUUCAUACUACGUUGAUGUUCCGUUUUCAAUCAAAAACUUACGCUAUUUCGCUGGAUGGGCUGACAAAAAUCACGGCAAAACAAUUCCUAUGGAUGGCGAUUAUUUUGUUUACACUCGUCACGAACCUGUUGGAGUUUGCGCCCAGAUUAUUCCUUGGAACUUCCCUAUCUUGAUGAUGGCAUGGAAAUUGGGACCAGCACUAGCAACGGGAAAUACUAUUAUUCUGAAACCUGCUGAACAAACGAGCCUAACAGCGCUUUACAUGGCACAACUAACAAAAGAAGCUGGUUUCCCAGAAGGUGUGAUAAAUGUGUUGCCAGGCGAUGGUAAAACUGGUGCAUUGCUCGCCAAUCACAUGGACGUUGACAAAGUCGCAUUCACCGGAUCAACUGAAGUUGGCAAGAUUAUCCAACAAGCAUCUGGUGCCACCAACUUAAAACGCGUUACACUUGAAUUGGGCGGCAAAUCCCCGAAUAUCAUUCUUUCUGAUACGGACAUGGAUUAUGCAGUCGAGCAAGCACAUUUUGGUUUGUUCUUCAAUAUGGGUCAAUGUUGUUGCGCCGGUUCACGAAACUACAUUGAAGAGAGCAUCUAUGAUGAAUUUGUUGAACGAAGUGCAGAACGGGCCAAGAAGCGUACAGUCGGCGAUCCAUUCAAUCUAACAACUGAACAAGGUCCUCAAAUCGAUGAUGAACAGAUGAAUAAAAUCCUCGAAUUGAUUGAAAGUGGAAAGCGCGAAGGUGCCAAGUUGGUAGCUGGUGGAGGAAGGGAAACCAAUCUAGGCAAUGGUUACUAUGUGAAACCAACCGUUUUUGCUGAUGUUCAAGACAAUAUGCGCAUUGCACGUGAGGAAAUCUUCGGCCCAGUUCAACAAUUAAUCAGAUUCAAGAGCAUCGAUGAAGUCAUUGAACGCGCCAACAAGAGCGAAUACGGUUUGGCUGCUGCUGUCUUCACCAAGGACUUGGACAAAGCAAACCACAUUGUACAAGGACUACGCGCUGGAACUGUCUGGGUGAAUGCAUACAAUGCAUUUGGCGCUCAAGCUCCAUUCGGCGGCUACAAAAUGUCUGGACAUGGUCGUGAGAACAGUGAAUACGCCUUACAGAACUAUACUGAAGUAAAAAGCGUUAUCGUUAAAGUGCCACAAAAGAAUUCUUAAAUUGACACUUUUCCAUUGAAAAUAAAUUUCUGCACUGGCUUUA